AUGCGAUCUGAUUUUCUAGAUCAGUCUGGUGGUUCUCCCGAUUAUCGAGUCUCCAAUCUUCUCUGGAUCUGUGCUAUGCAACCCCAUAGUGUCAGCCGUUUUUACUCUACCGAGAACUUGAACCAUAUGGACCCAGUUAGAUUACUUCCGGUUUCUAGUGCCACCAGCACUAAUACCACUUGUUACAUGUCUUCCCGCUCAACUGGCCAGGACAGGGACUAUGCAACUACCCCAACUACUGCAGGUAGUUAUGUUCUUGUACUAGACGUCGACCGACCUCAAGAGGCGAUUAAUAUAUUCACUGUUGGUCCUUCGCCUGUCCUUUGCUCAACACCAGUGCCUGGUGAGUAUUUUUUGCCCACUAAGCUUUAUUGUAUGUGCGCUAUGAUCACCCCUGUUCUUAUAGACUGUUAUAUUUGUGAUAAUUGA